AUGGGGGAUCCAGGCCAGUGCCCCGGUCCCCGGUCCCCCCAUGGCAGCCCCCCAACUCUAAGCACUCUCACUCUCCUGCUGCUCCUCUGUGGAUAUGCUCACUCCCAGUGCAAGAUCCUCCGCUGCAACGCCGAGUACGUGUCGUCCACCCUGAGCCUCCGCGGCGGGGGCUCCCCGGGGGCGCUCCGGGGCGCGGGCGGCGGCCGGGGCGGCGGGGGCGCGGGCGGCCUGUGCCGGGCGCUGCGCUCCUACGCGCUCUGCACGCGGCGCACGGCGCGCACCUGCCGCGGGGACCUGGCCUUCCACUCGGCCGUGCACGGCAUCGAGGACCUGAUGAUCCAGCACAACUGCUCCCGCCAGGGCCCCACGGCGCCGCCGCCCGCGCGCGGCCCGGCCCUGCCCGCCGCCGGCCCCGCCGCCCCGGACCCCUGCGACCACGCGGCGCGGUUCGCGCGGCUGCACGGCCGGCCGCCCGGCUUCCUGCACUGCGCCGCCUUCGGGGACCCGCACGUGCGCAGCUUCCAGCACCUCUUCCACACGUGCCGCGUGCGCGGCGCCUGGCCGCUGCUGGACAACGACUUCCUCUUCGUGCAGGCCACCAGCGCGCCCGUGGCGCCCGGCGCCAACGCCACGGCCACCCGCAAGCUCACCAUCAUCUUUAAGAACAUGCAGGAGUGCAUCGACCAGAAGGUGUACCAGGCGGAGGUGGACAACCUUCCGGCCGCCUUCGAGGACGGCUCCGUCAACGGCGGGGACCGGCCGGGGGGCUCCAGCCUGUCCAUCCGCUCGGCGAGCCCGGGCCGCCACGUGGAGAUCCGCGCCGCCUACAUCGGCACCACCGUGGUGGUGCGCCAGGCGGCCGGGCAGCUGUCCUUCGCCAUCCGCGUGGCGGAGGACGUGGCGCGCGCCUUCUCGGCGGAGCAGGACCUGCAGCUGUGCGUGGGCGGCUGCCCGCCGGGCCAGCGGCUCUCCCGCAGCCCCCCGGGCCCGCUGGGCGCGGCGGCGGCGCGGCGGCUGUGCAAGGAGCGGCUGCCGGUGGAGGACGCCUACUUCCACUCGUGCGUCUUCGACGUGUCCGUGUCCGGGGACCCCCGCUGGGCGGCGGCCGCGCGGGCCGCGCUGGAGGACGCGCGCGCCUUCCUGCCGGACCCGGGGCAGCUGCACCUGUUCCCCUCGGACGCCGCCGGGGCGCCCCUGUCCGCGGCCGCCCUCCCCGCCCGGCUGCUGCCCGGCCUCUGCGCCCUGUGGCUCUGCCUCCAGUAG